CGCCGCUGUCACUGCUCGACAGUUUGUCAGACAGCUGCUGCAUCCAGCUCGUGCUCCUCGCUUCUCGCCUCGCGGGCUUGUUCAGUUCGCUUAGCAGGGCAAGGCGGCGGCGGCGGGGUGAGGAAGGCGAUUCAGUCCGUUUGACCCGCAUCGAUUUCAGCGGAGCUAGAGCCGAGGAGGGUGAGAGAAGCCUUUAUUUCUGGGACAACAUCUGCGCGACGGCACCCCUUUGACAGCGAGGCAGAGAAUGAGAAUAGAGGACUUAAUUUCCUCUAGUAGGUGCAUCCGAGCAGAGGAAAAGUCACACCUAAAGAUUUUGACAUGAAGAAGGAUAUAGACACGUUGAUAGCAGAGGAACGGGCAGAUAUCAUCUCUAAAUAUGACAAGGGCAGGGAAGAGGGCGUUCGCAUUGACCCAUGGGAGGACGCUGACUUUAGCAUCUAUAAAGUCACAGAUCGCUUCGGCUUCCUGCAUGAGGAAGAACUGCCGACGCCCACUGCACUCGAAGAGAAGCAAAAGCAACAGGAGUUGGAGCGAGUGGCGAAAUGGCUGAAGAUGGUGAAGAAAUGGGACAAGUACAAGAACAGCGAAAAGCUGGUGAAGCGUGUGUAUAAAGGGAUUCCUCUGCAGCUGAGAGGCCAGGCUUGGGCCUUGCUUUUGGACAUAGAAAAGGUUAAACAAGACAAUCAGGGAAAAUAUGAGAAAAUGAAGCAGCAGGCUCGGAACUUCUCAACGGAGAUCAAGCAGAUAGACCUGGACGUCAACAGGACAUUCAGGAACCACAUCAUGUUCAUGGACCGCUUUGGAGUGAAGCAGCAGGCACUGUUUCACGUACUGGCGGCCUACUCUGUCUACAACACGGAGGUGAGCUACUGCCAGGGGAUGAGUCAGAUCGCUGCCAUUCUGCUCAUGUACCUGAACGAGGAAGACGCCUUCUGGGCUUUAUCCCAGCUCCUCACCGACAGCAAACACUCCAUGCACGGAUUUUUCAUCCCUGGAUUUCCCAAGCUGCAUCGUUUCCAGACUCAUCAUGAGCUCAUCCUCUCCAAAAUGCUGCCUAAGCUGAAGAAGCACCUGGACAAGGAGCAGAUGACAACAGGGAUUUACUCCACCAAAUGGUUUCUCCAGUGUUUUAUCGACAGAACACCCUUCACCCUCACGCUGCGCUUAUGGGACAUCUACAUGUUGGAGGGAGAGAAGAUACUAACCGCCAUGGCGUAUACGAUCCUCAAGUUGCACAAAAAGCGCCUGAUGAAGCUCCAGCUGGAGGACCUGAGGGAGUUUCUUCAGGAGCAGCUGGCUGAUUCGCUCCUGAUGCAGGACGAUGCGGUGGUUGAACACUUACAGACAGCGAUGUCCGAGCUGCGAAGUAAAAAGCUGGAUCAACCUCCUCCAGCCAAGUCAGAUGAGCUGCCGAAGAAGCCUCUGGGUCAAGAGAGGCCCGUUCUCCUCGUGCCGUUGCAGUCUCGCCCGCCUCCUCCGGAGGUCAAAACGGAUCAGCAGACCAACAGCAGGCCUAUUCCAGACCCCCAGAAGCCGGAUGCAGCCACCAGCCAUCAGACUAAUUCUCCCGCCGAUCUCCAGAACGCGGUGAGCUUCUCUGGAGCGAACGCGUCUUCGGCGUCUUCGUUAGUUGUCUGCACACAAGGAACGCCGUCGUCCCUGAGGCGCUUUGGGGCGCCCCCAGUACCUCCCAAAGAACACAAGCCACCGGUUGAAGGAGGGUCGGGUAGAGAGGUGAAGAAGUCGCCCCCAGAGGACUGCCAAGAGCUUAAAAAACAGGAGAACCAGACAACUGACGCGUCGUCUCAGGAGGAGUCGAUGGAAUGGCCUCCGCCCUAUGAGCCGUCUCCUUCGGAUGCUGUGAUUAUGCAAACGGAGGAGGAACUCAUGGAUCUUCCUGAUCUACCACCCCCUCCUCUGUUUUACCCUGAGCAGAUUGACCAGCGUUCUCUAGGCAGGGAAUCGCCCGAGACGCGCCCGUGUCUGAACCGCCGCUCCCCUUCCCCUCGGUCAGCCUCGCCGCUGGUGGCUCCGGUGAAGCGAUCGCCGAAACCUCCACCGCACAACUUUGUAAAGAAGGUUACUCCUCCCGCAAAGCCCUCGUCCCACGAUGUCCCCACGCCACCCUCAAAACCAACCAAGUUCCCAGUUUCCCUUUACGUUCCCGGGUCCACGGGGGACAGGCGGCCCUCCAACACAUCUCAGUACGAUAAUCUCUCCGAAGCCGACGACGACGAUCGCUUCGUGGAGAGACUGCUCGCCUCCACUCCUGAGGAGAUCCUCUCCAUGCAAAGCGGCGCCACCCAUGCUACUGACAGAGCCUACGACCCUGCUUCCUACCCCGUUCCCCCACCUCCUCUCUUCAUUCCUCCUUCUCCUCUUCCCCCUGUGAUGUGCGCCCUCCCCAGAUUGCCUCAAGAGCCGGAAUAUAAAGGAGAUAGCAGCUGGGUGGAUGAUUCCAUCAUCCCCCCUCCUCCGCCCAGCUUUGCCGACAGACUCUCUCCGUUUCAGUGCACCGCUGCCGGCGGCUCAGACGCCAGCAGGUCCUCCUCACCCGUUUACUCAAAGAACUUCUCCAGGGCCCCCAGGGACCAUUCCGCCUUCCCGGCACCUUUGCUGUACACAGGGUGUCCCCCGGGUCACUCCAGGUCCUCAGGACAGUCGCCGGUGGGUCUGGCGGGGGUACAGUCCAGCCCAGACUUCUGUAGGACGCCUCCCGUUGGAGUAAAGCUGCCCAAAUCAGUGACUUUUUGACGUAGUAGUUAUCAACGCCCCGGAUGGGUUCCCAACGCCGAUGUAAGGAUAAAAGGGCCAGUAGCUCCGUUUGUCAGAGCGUGUGUGAAAUGACGUUAUUCCAUGUCUAGCUACUGUACCCACUCCCUGUGACAGGUGCACCGUGUUCGUAAGGGAAUUGCUGUCGAACCCGUAUUUAAUACUGAUGUCAAAAAGCGUAUUAACUUGACUGCCCCCACUUCCGCUUGUUUUCCUUUUUGUACAUUAGAGCAGUGAUCUCAUCACAGCUGCACUUAUCACCAUUGUUCAGCCUCAAGCUUUAGUCAUUUUGUUCCAGCGAGGUGUCUUAACAUGGUGUACUUAGUGCAACAAGUCUUUAAAAAAAACAAAAAACAAGGGCUUUCAGACCAUGUAACAUCAUCCAUAACGCCAAAGCGUUCACCUGUAAUUUAUAGCAAAGCGUGAGCAGGCUCACCCAAGAAGAGGUUAACAGAAGAUUUGCACUAAACCAGAGUGCAUUCAUGCAACUACAGUUUCCUUAACGUCGUAAACACCAGCAGCAGCAGCAGCAGUGGUGCAAUAAAUGACUAAUGUAAAUAUAGACCUAAAUAUCUUAGACACCAUGCCUUUUCAGGUCAACUGUUUCCCUGUGAGGUCGCAGCGGGUACUUUUUUUUUAUGUCAAAUCUAAAAUGUUGGAAGAAAGGCUGUUUUUAUUAUAUUUAGCUUUAAAGCAGUAAUAUACUGUGUAUAUGUUCAUGCAUGUAUUAAUGUUGGGACCUAAUGUAACAUAUUGGCACAGACUGUUUGACUGUAGCGCCAUCUAGUGGUCAGAAGAGAAUAAAAAACAAACCUUUGAAUUUAGGCUUUCUCCUUAUUAUCAGUUGGUGACAGGUUGAUGUUUGGAAAGCAAGUUUAAAUACGAGUAAAAUGGAAAGGUUUUACAGUUCACUGGGUUAAUCAAAGGAAAAAAAAACUGUUUUGUAUUUUUUACGUGUCAUUUAUUUAUUUAAAUAGAAAAAGCUACAACCGAUCUGUGAGGGCUAAGCAUCAAAUAUUAAGUUUUACUAUUUUGUCCAAACACCAGUAUUGUUUUUCCUUUUUAAUUAAUAUUAUUGACAUUUUUCAUUUCCAACAGCUGUUGCAGUUUUUGUUUUUUUCUAUCAGAGUCCUAUCAAACUCCUGCUUGAGGCCUUGGUCUGUUUGCAUUGCUUCGCCGUGAAGCGCCGUUUCUGGCGUCCACACGAGCAUGUUUAGCAUGACAGAAUGCUGGAGCUUUGUCAUGGGACGUCACCACAUACUGUACAUCACUGCUCCUUUAAGGAAUUAACAUUGUCAUUAUGGAGACCGGGGCUAAGACCAAAGCUUAUCUGCAUUUAUGCAACUACUUGAGUUUUAUAAAGAGAUUAACCAUG